AUGGGACGGCGGCCCCGCUGCGAGCAGCCCAAAACCCAAACCCACCCAAAGGCUUUUCUGCUCCUGCGCGUCGCAACCCAGCACGCCAAGAUAGGGUCUGAGACCCCCGCCGCCGACGGCGCCGCCCGCAAGCGGCCCGGCGGCGGCGAUGCCCCCGCCCCGGCGCCCGCCGACAAGCGCCGCCGCCCGGAGCCCCCAUCGUCCUCCGCCCCCCGCGACCGCCACCACCAGGCCCGCCGCCCGCCCCCGGCCGACGAGAAGGUGCGCGCCUCCCACAUCCUGAUCAAGCACGAGGGCUCCCGCCGCAAGGCCUCGUGGAGGGACCCCGAGGGCGUCGCCAUCUCCGCCACCACCCGCGACGACGCCGCCGACCUCGCGCGCGCGCUCCGCGACCAGAUCGUCUCCGGGGAGCGCAAGUUCGAGGACAUCGCCGCCGAGAACUCCGACUGCAAUUCGGCCAAGCGCGGCGGCGACCUCGGUUCAUUUGGGAGGGGUAAGAUGCAAAAGGCUUUUGAGAAGUCUGCGUUUGCUCUGAAGGUGGGGGAGAUAAGUGACGUGAUUGAUACAGAGAGUGGUGUGCACAUCAUCAAGAGGACCGGCUAACAGCGUCCUCCGGUCUCAGUCCAUAUAGCUGGAAAGUGCCCUGAAGAAGCUCCAUGGUUUCCUGCUUGAUUGACGAACUUGUGUGUAUUCGCUUGUGAGCUUGAUAAUUGAUUUCUUUUUUUUGUGCUUCCGUGACAGACAUGUAGUUUAAACGGUUAUCACGGCAAGACGGGAUCAGAUUGUUUUGAAUGUGACAAAGAUUACACUCGCUAUGUUGAUUGUUCCUGUCA